AUGGAUGAGUUCGAGAAAUCAAGCAUAGAGGGGCGUGUUAUCGAGCUAGCCGAUUCGAGUCGAAGAGAGGUUGAACAGGAAGCGAAUGAAGCUAAAGCUGAGCAACAAAGGUACAUCGCAGAGUUAUUGAAAAACAGCAGUAAAACACCAAUUGUGGUGAGUGCAGUAUUGACCAGCGAUCACCAAUCGAUACGUCCUGAUGUGUUACAAAAAUACUUGGAUGCAACCAUACUACAGGCAAGCAGCUUCUCACAGCUCUGCGAACAAGCAGACUUAUUAAAUGUCAAAUUAAUCCAACACGGGAUGGCAGAAAAUGUUUCCCAAUCACUGGAUAGCAGAGGAAUUCUGCGGUUGCCAGUAAUCAAGCGCCACUAUCCUAGUCUGGUUUAUGAAUCGCAGGCUAUCUCGGGAGAGCUGGCUGUGAUCGACGUCAUCUCACGUCUGAACAUUCUACCGAUUAAAAGAUUCACAGCAAAGACCGGCACCAACAUUGGGAACGGAGAAGGUGAUGGCUACUUGCAGUUUCAACUGCGUAAUAUGUUUGGUGGAGGAGAACAACUAAAGUUGGACAUCACCAAGGGAACCAAAACGCACUCGUCCUAUCUUCUCGACUACGGGCAACCGGUCACCCCAUGGUGGAUGCUAAAUUCCAUGCUGUUCAAGAAUUCUAGACAGUUUGGAAACAACAACUCUAUUGAUAUGUUGAUACGUGGAUUUCGUACCAGCUUAAGAAGUGGUUUUCAAGAAGCAGGCGCCAUAAAUCACGAACUAUUCUAUGAAGCUGAAUGGAGGACGUCUAAACUAUUAUCCUUACAUGCAUCUGAUACUUUGUUGUUCCAAGCAGGCGACGAUAUCAAAUCUUCAUUGGGGCAUACGUUAGCCGUUGAUAGAAGGAACAAUCCUAUCGCACCUACAAGCGGCAGUUUUCUCAAAAUUACCAAUGAGUUAGCGCUCGGUAAAUAUUGGAAAAGUCAGGUUGAGUUCUCACAAAAUAAUAGUUGGCUGAAAGACGAUUUCAUUGGAUCUUGCUGCACAUUCAGGUCUGGUUACAUUGCAAACCUAAAUUCAUCCAAGAAGACAGUUAAUACCUACGAUAAAUUCCACAAUGGUGGAGCGAAUGAUAUUAGAAGUUUCCAAAUUAUGGGCCUGGGUCCAAAAGACUUAUAUGACUCAAUAGGAGGUGACGCUUUCAUUUCCUAUGGUGUAAGUCUCUUCAGCCGUCUGCCGAUCAAGAAAUGGUCACACUCUAACUUCCGUUUACACUGGUUCUUUAAUGGAGGUAAACUAAUCAACCACAAUAAUGCGCCAUUGAAGUCAGUCGUGACGCAAUUAGCAAAUCAGCAUUCCACUUCGGUGGGAUUUGGAAUAUUGCUCAGACACCAAGUAGCCAGAUUUGAACUAAACUUUACACUUCCCUUGACAGUUCACAGCGGCGACGCUAUGAGAAAAGGAUUUCAGUACGGAAUUGGGGUGUCGUUUCUGUAG